AUGUUCUCAAUAGUUAAAAACCUCUUCGGUCGUCCUACUGCGAGUAAAGUUGAGGAGGAGUCCUCCGAUGACGACUCGGCCGGUUUUGAGAAUCCCUCUAACCGCCAGGCCGUCACCGAGUGUGCCCUCGACUUGCUCAAGGGGGAUUUCUUCGUUUUAGAUGGUGGGGAGUGGACGAGCCUCGCCGAUGGGUUAUGCAGCGUAACCUUUGAUGAGGCCUUGAGGAAAAUGUAUGUCACGCAAGAGGAGGAAGGAGUGGAAGAAGUCUUCAAUGCACAGCAGAUGGUCAACGUACAGCGUUAUGACGAUCCCGACGAUGGCUACCCGUGCGUGCAGUGGAUAGUGGUCACCAAGAGCGACAACAUGAGCGAAUGGGGCCUCAAAUUCCGAAAUGAAGAAGCAGUGAACGAAUUCGUGAGGAAAGUAGAGAUGCUAGGCCAGGCUGAGUCAACAAUUGUGGUGCAAAUCGAUGGCUUGAGUAUGAUGGCUAGAGAGGAGGCCGAUGAUAGCCUACUCUACAGCGGUGCCAUCACUGCUGGCCUCGGCUUCAAAUAUGAAUGGCCGAAAAUCAUGUCCGACCCAUGCGGCUUCGCCUCCCUCUGUGGUGCUCUGGACAAGGUCCAGGCUGAACGCCUCCCCGGCAAGGCCGAGAAAGCGGAGGAGUUCUAUGACGUUGAGAAUGAUAAUGAAUUAGCGGAGCGAAGCGAGGAGGUGGAGGCAUCCUCAUCUUCGUCCUCGGAUGCUUGGUCGAGUGAUGAUGAAUACGGCAGUUCGCCAGUGAAGACAUACCCUGGGAAGAAAGGUGCACGGACUGCAGGAGUGGAAAGCAACAAGUUGAUGGGCACGUCGAAGAGAGUCGGAGGAGAUAGAGCAUUCGUAUGGCGGACUAAGGUGAUGAACAGGAGGCAGGCAGCCAGACAUGAAGUCGGUGGAGGGGCGAACAUGAAUGUUCUGAGGAUGGAUGCUGACGGACUGGAGCAAGUUACACAAAUUAACAAUAUUUUACACAGGGGUGAAGGCGUUUGCCCGACGGCUUGCAUGAUGCACGAGGGAGACAACAAGAUGCUCCUCCUUGAUCAUUCUGAUCCGACUGAUGCUGAUAAGGUCCUUUGUAUGGACUUGAACGUGGGGAAAGUGGUGCAAGAAUGGAAUGCAGAUAGUAUGAGGGUCAACAACUUAGUGCCGACCUCGAAGACGGCCCAAAGUACCGGUGAGCAGUGCUUUAUGGCGAUGAAUGACAAGGCUGUGUUCGUGAUGGACCCUCGACUCGAUUCGAGGAAGACUAAUAGAGCACAGACGUACGCGUAUGCCAGUAACGUGAAAUUGAGUGCUGCUGCGACUGACGGUGGAGGGAGAUUUGCCCUCGGCAAUCGUGUGGGUGAAUACCGCUUAUUCGACGGGCAGACUAAUAAGGAGGGCCAAAUCAAGCGGUGCAAGACCCUCCUCAAGGGCACGGGGGAUCCUAUCAUCAAAGUUGACGUCACGUUCGACGGUCGAUAUUUGUUGGGAACUACGGCGAAGUAUUUGGUGUUGAUCGACACUCAAUUGCCGGGUGGUGUCACUGGCUUCGACAAGUCCAUGGGCCAGAACGCUCCUGAUUUGAUAUCAAUCAGCAUAACACAGGAAGAUUUCGUGAAGUAUGGUCUGAAGGAUAUCAACUUCACCCCAGCGCGGUUCGACUAG